AUGGCCUCUUUGAACCCAAACGCGCCGGUCUACAUCCCAUCUCCCCACCUCCUUUCGCUGGAGAGCUACUAUUCUCCUCCUCCUCCUCCUCCUCCUCAGCACCCUUCUCCUUCGCCUUCCUCAUAUUUCCAGUACAACCAAACUCCAUACCAAAACAAUGCCAUUUAUACUUCUUCUCCUUCUCCCUACGUGCAUGACCUUUGCUACUAUCUUUCCCCUCAGAUUUCUUUCGUUUGUUGCUAUAGAAAGGGGUUCUCGUACUUUCAGAUCCCCCAACCUUGCCCUCCGAGGCCACUCCCUCACCCUGCCCCUCUCCCGCCUUCUUGUCUCAAGCAGCCACGAGGUUCUCUCUCUCCUUUAAUUGAGGAAGGCGAGGGGAAAGACAAGCCCCAGGACCACGUUGUCUCCGCGGCCCAAGUGAAGCAAGAGGUGGAAAAGAAAGUGGUGAGAAAGAAAGCCAGCAAGGGUGCGAACGGUUCAAAGGGGUUUAGGGUCUUUGCGAGUGGUUCUUUCACAGGGAAGCGAGUGUAUGUGCCGAAGCCGCCGCGAUGCCAAGGGCGGCUUCCGCCGCUCCUUCGGAGGACGAAGCUCACCGGCGACUUCGAGUUCAAGAAGGUGGAGCCUGGGCCAGGAGAUUCAAAAAGUGAUGCCAAGACCACAGUCAUGAUAAAGAAUCUCCCCAACAAGUUCACCACGGAGAAGCUCAUGGACAUACUAGAUAAGCAUUGCUUACGAGAGAACGAGAAGGUUCUCUCUUUAAAAGGAGAGGAGAAAGCAUGCGAUGGAGUGGUGAAGUUGGCAGACGGAGAGGGAGCCACAACCCUCUCCGAGUUCGACUUUUUGUAUCUACCCAUAGAUUUCAGGAGUGGCAGUAACUUGGGCUACGCCUUCGUAAACUUCACGAGCUCAACUGCAGCCUGGAAGCUGCACGACUAUCUGCACCACUUCGAAUGGAAGUGCUUCGGAUCUCGCAAGAUAUGCGAGGUUACCUACGCCAGGAUUCAGGGUUUGCGAGAGCUCAAGAAUCAUUUCACAAGCUCCGUAUUUCUUUGCAAUCGUGAUCAGUACCUUCCAUUGUGCUUCCAGCCAUCUCGCAAUGGAUUCAACCAACCAGAGCCUGAAUGUGUGGGUAGGCGGAUUCAUGUUGCAUCAGAAGUUACGAAAUGA